AUGAUUAUCCGCGCUGUGAGUGACAGCGACAGCGAAGAGGAACUGCUGAGCGCUGCCCAGGCUGCAUCAUCUCCUCGUCGUUCUGUAUUCGAUCCUCCGGACGUCACUCACUCUUCAACUAAAGGCAAUGCCGCUCGAUACUCGUGGUUCGUGGCUUGUGGGACGCUAGUAUUGCUGCUACUCGUGGACUUGGCUGCUGUAUUCGACCCUUCUCCCGACGCCUUCGCGCUGCUUCCGCUGCUAAUACCCGCGCUCUUCUACCAUGAGACCAUCAUUCUUUAUCCCACUGCGUCCAUACUCAAUCAAUUCGUCGGCUUGGCGCUCGUCGGCGUCUGGAUCUACACAAGAGAGAAGGGUUUCGCUGCUGGGAGCUCAGCGCAAUGGCUACGCAACGCCCGCUACGGUCCGUUAAUAGUGGGCGCCCUAUUGUGUCUGGGCCACGUGGUGUCGUGUCUGUAUCUUCUCUUCGCGCUUCUUGAGAGCAACGGAGACCACACCAAGUUCUGGAUCGGGCGUCAGCACUCCAGACACAGUACAAGUCCCUAUGGACGCGUCUAG